AUGUCUUCGUCAAUCGCCAGAAUCCACAAGCGCCAUGCAUACAGCAAAGAUGCCCAGACCUAUUAUCCGGUGCUGAUAGUAGGCGCGGGAGAGUCUGGAGUGGCUAUGGGCUGUCGUCUCAAAGAAGUCUUGGGAACAGAUCAGUUCCGGAUCUUUGAUCGUCAGUCUGGUAUCGGAGGGACCUGGUGGAUCAACCGGUAUCCAGGAGUUGCGUGCGAUAUACCAGUUAUGUUGUACUCGUUCUCUUUCGCCCAGAAGAAAACCUGGACCACAUUGCAUCCUUCCGGCCAAGAGCUGGCACAGUACAUCGCAGAUGUCUGCGAAAAGUACGAAAUAGUGGACAAGGUCCAGCUCAAUACCGAUGUCAAGGAGCUUCGAUGGAUUGCAGAGGACGAGGAAUGGGAGGUUACACUCUCACAUCUUGUCCCUGGAACCGGUGAUUGGGCCCAGCAUGAACGAGACCGAGUUGCAGCCCGCGAUGGUCAGAACAGCGUCUACGUCAAAACAGAAGUUGUUCGGGCGAAGGUUGUCGUCAGUGGUGUUGGUGGACUGGUAGAACCGAAGCCAUGGCCCAAGGACAUCCCGGGUAUCGAGGAAUUCGAAGGCGCGAUCAUGCAUACGGCUCGGUGGGAUGACCAGAUUAACCUACAGGACAAGAAUGUUAUCAUUAUUGGUUCUGGUUGCAGCGCUGCACAGGUCGUGCCCGAGCUAGCGAAGCCGGUAGCCAAUCUUGCUGUAUACGAGAAAUUGGCACCUACCAUUAUGAGCCAUGUACCUGGACUGUUGACAUUUGCACGGAGCACCCUGUUCCUGGCGUUGGAGAAGGACUUCUUUGAUGUAUUCGUCGACUCUCCGCGGGCCCGCCGGGUGCGAUCCGGGAUAGAGGAGCGAGUUUUGGACAACAUGCGCAGGUUCGCACCGAAGGAGUAUCACGAGAUCUUGACGCCCAACUACCCCUUUGGAUGUAAGAGACGGGUCGCCGACAGCACUUGGUAUCGCAGUCUCAAUGCCCCGCACGUGGAGUUGACCACCCAGCCUCUGACUCGGGUUCACGCGAAGAGCGUAACAAUUGGUCCAGGCUCUCACUACCCACCCAACAAAUCCGAAGGUGCAGACAAGGUUAGGGAAAUCCCCGCUGAUGUGAUCAUCAUGGCCAACGGAUUUGAAACCAACCAGUGGCUGCACCCAAUGAAGGUAAUCGGCAGACAGGGCAAAGAUUUAGAACAGGUCUGGGCGGAGCGCGGAGGUGCCCAGGCAUACCAGGGAAUUGCUAUGGACUCUUUCCCGAACUUCUUCAUGCUUUUUGGCCCGAACACGACCACUGGGCAUACUAGUGUCAUUUUCGCAACAGAGAAUGCUGUCAACUACUCGCUGAAGUUCAUCAAGCCGAUUUUGGAGGGUGAAGUUAGCUCCUAUGAGGUGAAGGAAGAUGCUGAGCGAGAAUGGACCCGCUGGGUGCAGGAUGAGCUUCAGAAGUCUGUAUUCCGUCGUGGGGUUUGCUCUAGUUGGUAUAGCACAGCUGAUGGUUGGAACUCGAGCACAUAUCCAUUCACUAUUGGUACCGUUGCACGUUCCCCGUGUGGCAGCAUUGGAGUGCUAAGCUCACGCGAAAGGGACGGGUUCUGA